UCAUGUGCAAUUUUGACAUAUUCAAAGGUUAUAAGUCACUGGCAGGAAAAUAAUUUUAUUCUUUCGUAGAAUCGGCGAGCAGCAAUUUAUGAGUUGAAGAUAAUGUCAUUUCCCGAUAAAGAACAACGAAAACACUGUUGGGACGCCCGUGACCAGUACUGGCAAUGCCUGGACAAAAAUGCACCGGAACAUCAGUCAACGAGUGGAUCGGAUGAGCCGAAAGUUUGUUUACAAUUUCGAAAUUUAUUUCUGAAAGAAUGUCCAGGACAGUGGGUUAAACAUUUCGAUCGGAAGCGAACGUACGAACAAUUCAAAGAGAAAAUGGCAAAAGGUUACGAUCCCGCCGAAGACACCAAAUGAGAGCCGAGGCACAGACCCAGUCCGGUUUCGAUAUACACACAAAAUAGCGAUAGAUGUGCACUAGGAAUUUUAUUAAUAAAUUGUUAACUUAA